AUGUCACAAAUAAAUAACGUGUUGACAAAAUAUUUCAAAAGAAUCAAGAGAAAUGUUAAUAAUGAAUCAAUAAUACAGCCUGCUAUAUCAACAGAUGAACAAGAAAAAGAAGAAAUUGAAAUUGAAUCACCUUCGUUUAAACGCUUAAAGUUAUCUGAAGAUAAAGGUUCAUCAACAUCAGUAUCACCAACAUGUUCAAGAGCAUUAGAGUCUUUAACAAUAUCUGCAUCUUCACAACCAUCAUCACCACAUUCAAUAUUAUCUAAAACUUCGUCACAAAUAACAUCAACACAGUCGUCAAAAUCAGGACAUAAAUCAUCACCUACUUGUGCAAGAGCUUUAGCACUUUUAACCAUAUCAGCACGUUCACUAACACCAACAACAACUUUAUCAUCAUCAAUAAGAUCAUCAACAUCAACAUCAAGUCCACAAACAACGACACCUUUAGCAUCACCAAUAAAUUCACCACCAUCGUCAACGUCAAAUCGUUCACCACCAACAACAGCUUUAACAUCACCAAUGAAUUCACCAUCAUCCACGUCAACUUGUUCAACACCAGCAACAGCUUUAACAUCAUCGAUAAAUUCACCACCAUCAGCAUCAUUAUUGCCACCUAAUGAACGAGAUCCUUGUCUUAGUCCAGCAGAAGCCAAACAAUUCGUUUUUCUUAGACCAUAUCAACCUGAUUUUAAAUUUCCUACAGUUCAAAAUCGCCAUUUUUGUCGACAGUGGUAUUCCAUUUAUUCCUGGUUAGAAUAUAGUCCAACCAUUGAUCGUGCUUUUUGUUAUGUGUGUCGUUUAUUAUAUGGUAGUGGAAAAAUUGAUAGUUGGUUUACUGUAACUGGUUUUAAUUCAUGGAAAAAUGCAAUUGCUAAAUUGAACAAUCAUCAAUCUUCAGUUACGCACAAGCAAGCAUUACAAACAUGGACAGAUUUGAAAAAAAACUAUAAUAAUAAUAGCGAUUUGUUGAAAUUAAUAGACAAGCAACACACGAAACAAGCUGCAGAAAAUCGAGCAUAUCUGGUUGAAAUAAACGAAAUAAUUGAAUUACUUCAACAACAAAUUUUAACUGGAAUUUUAAAUGAAUGUCAUCGUGCAAAAUAUUUUUCCGUAAUAAUUGAUGAAACAAAAGAUAUUGCUUGUCAUGAACAAGUUUCAUUAGUUAUACGAUUUGUCGAUGAGAAGUUCAAUGUUUUCGAAAAAUUUAUUGGAUUUGAACGUACAGCUACAAUGACUGGAGAAGCAUUAACUGAUUUAUUAAUAAAAUGGUUAAAAAAAUCAAAUUUGAACUUACAAAAUUUAGUGGGCCAAUGCUACGAUGGUGCUAGCAAUAUGCGAGGUGAAUAUCAAGGUGUAGCAGCUCGUUUAUCGCAGAUUGCUCCAUUGGGUAUUUAUAUCCACUGUAAUGGUCAUGUGUUGAAUUUAUGUUUAAUUGAUGUAUCAGCUCGUGUGCCAUCAGUACGAGAUACUUUUGGUGUUGUUUCAUCUUUAUACAAGUUAGUUGAAGGUUCAGUUAAAUGUCAUCAAGUCUUCGAACGUGUUCAACAAGAAGCUGGUUUAAAAAAAUUGACUAUUAAAGAAGUAUGUGAAACACGUUGGACAUAUCGAUUAGAAUGUUUGAAAGUUAUUUUACUUCGUUUUAAUGAGAUUAUAACAACAUUAGAAGUUAUCGAAGUACCUGAUGCAUUUCUUCUUUUAAAUUCAUUACUAUCAUUUGAUUUUAUAUUUCAUUUAUUUAUUAUGAUGGAGAUUUAUUUUUUGACAAAUAUUCUUUCGAAGUUUUUACAACAUUCAAAUGUUUCAUUAACAGAUGUACUUGCUCAAGUAAAAAUAACAAUUGAUACUCUAAAAAGUUUACAAAAUGAAACUGAAGUUGAACGUAUAUACAAUGAAGUAUUGAAAUUAUGCAAUGAUAAUGGUAUUGAACCACCAGAAAAACCUCGAACUAAACGUAUACCUGUUCGUUUUGGUGGUAGUGAUGAUGGAACAGCAGGAUUAAAUGUUAAAGAUUAUUAUCGAAUUAAAAUUUAUUAUGUUAUUUUAGAUAACAUUAUUACUUCAAUAAAUCACAAAUUUGAUGAAAAUAUUCUUGGAGUUGUUGUAUUGAUGGAAAAACUCUUUUUAUAUAAAGAAUGUCUUAAUGAAGAUGAACUUCAUGAGUUAACACAAUUUUAUUCUAUUAAUUAUGAUGAUUUGAAAGCCGAACAACGACUUUACAAGAAUCAAUUGAACGAUAAGAAAAUGAAUUUGUCUGAAGUAACUGAACUCUUUUUGGAAAAUAAUUUUCAUAUGGCAUUAUCGCCCAUGAAUGAAUUAUUGAAGAUUCUUUGGACUAUUCCGGUUAAUUCAUGCCAAUGUGAACGUAGUUUUUCAUGUUUAAAAAGAUUAAAAACGUAUUUAAGAAACAGUAUGGGAGAAGAAAGAUUAUCAGGCAUUGCUCUUUUAAAUAUCGAAAGAAACUUUGAAAUUAAUUUAGAUCAAAUAGUAACAGAUUUUAUUGUGAAAAAAGAUAUAAAGAAAACAAUUUUUUUAAAUAAAGUUCUUUUUUAA